AUGACAGUAGUGAGGCUGCCUCCAACCCCUAAGAGGGGAAGCGAGGCCUGGCUUGGGUCAAAAUAUAUUUUGGGUAUCACUGGCCUGUUCACCAUCUUCUCCAGUUUUGUCUUUAGUACGGUUGUCAUUCACUUCCUAGACAAAGAGCUGACAGGCUUGAAUGAAGCUUUGCCCUUUUUCCUGCUUUUGAUUGACCUUUCUAGAGCGAGCGCACUAGCCAAGUUUGCCCUAAGUUCAAACUCACAGGAUGAAGUAAGGGAAAAUAUAGCUCGUGGAAUGGCAGUUCUGGGUCCCACAUUCACCCUUGAUGCUCUUGUGGAAUGUCUUGUAAUUGGAGUCGGCACCAUGUCAGGGGUGCGGCAGCUGGAAAUCAUGUGCUGCUUUGGCUGCAUGUCUGUGCUUGCCAACUACUUCGUGUUCAUGACCUUUUUCCCAGCUUGUGUGUCCCUGGUCCUCGAGCUUUCUCGGGAGAGCCGAGAGGGUCGUCCAAUUUGGCAGCUCAGCCAUUUUGCCCGAGUUUUGGAAGAAGAAGAGAAAAAGCCAAACCCUGUAACCCAAAGGGUCAAGAUGAUUAUGUCUUUAGGCUUGGUUCUCGUUCACGCUCACAGUCGCUGGAUAGCUGAUCCCUCCCCUCAGAAUAGCACAACAGAACAUUCUAAGGUCUCCUUGGGACUGGAUGAAGAUGUGUCCAAGAGAAGUGAACCAAGUGUUUCUCUCUGGCAGUUUUAUCUCUCCAAGAUGAUCAGCAUGGACAUCGAACAAGUGAUUACCCUGAGUUUAGCUUUCCUGUUGGCUGAAUACAUUUUCUUUGAACAAGCAGAGACAGAGUCAACACUCUCAUUAAAAAAUCCUAUUACAUCUCCUGUCAUGACCCCAAAGAAAGCCCAAGACAACUCUUGCAGACGUGAGCCUCUGCUUGUGAGAAGGAACCAGAAGCUUUCGUCAGUGGAGGAGGAGCUGGGAACAAACCAGGAUAGAAAAGUUGAGGUUAUAAAACCCCUAGUGGCGGAAGCGGAGACUGCAAGCAGAGCUACGUUUGUGCUCGGAGCCUCUGGAGCCAGCCCUCCGGUGGUACUGGAAACACAGGAGCCUGAAAUUGAACUCCCCGGCAAGCCUCGGCCUAAUGAAGAAUGUCUGCAGAUCCUGGAGAGUGCCGAGAAAGGUGCAAAGUUCCUCAGUGAUGCAGAGAUCAUCCAGUUGGUCAAUGCCAAGCACAUCCCAGCCUACAAGUUGGAAACUCUAAUGGAGACUCAUGAACGUGGGGUAUCUAUUCGCCGGCAGCUCCUCUCCACAAAGCUUCCGGAGCCUUCUUCUCUGCAGUACCUGCCUUACAGAGAUUAUAAUUACUUUCUGGUAAUGGGAGCUUGCUGUGAGAAUAUAUACAUGCCCAUCCCUGUUGGAGUGGCAGGGCCCCUGUGCCUGGAUGGGAAAGAGUACCAGGUUCCAAUGGCAACAACGGAAGGCUGUCUUGUGGCCAGUACUAACAGAGGCUGCAGAGCAAUAGGUCUUGGUGGCGGUGCCAGCAGCCCGGUCCUUGCAGAUGGGAUAACCCAAGGCCCAGUGGUGCGACUUCCUCGUGCUUGUGACUCCGCAGAAGUGAAAGCCCGGCUAGCUCAGUCGGAUGUCACUGUGAACUUCACCUGGGAGGAGUGGCAAAAUCUUGAUGAUACUCAGGGUGCUGUACAGGAUUGUGAUGCUGGAGACAUACAGCAGCCUGGUAUCGCUGGGACAAUGUAUUCCUAA